AUAACAUUCAUGCUGUGGCUGAUUCAUCAUUUGCAGAACGCAUCAAGCUCUACAUGGACAUCUGUGUUACCAAGUCUGCCAAGAUCAAGCCCAAUCUCGGGGACGAGACCCUCCCUGUUGAAGAGCGUUACAAGCGAUGGCCCGAUGGCAAGAUCAUCUACAUGUCAGUGUCGUCGUUGGACAGCCUGACCACGGAGAUGAUGUGGUUAGUGAGUAAUUUGACGCACCUCUUGGGUAUGUGACUGACCAAUCAGCUCGACCGCUUCCCUAGACUGGCGUUUACGGCAAAGGAAAUGGUGGCGGCCCAGGCUUCAAUUCGUUCCGUGGGUACCCUUUCAGCGAUCCGGUACCAUAUCUGACAACAACCUUAGCACGUCCAGGGAAUCACCAUGUCGUUUCCCGUCCGCUCCCACAUCUACCGCAAGACCGCCCUGUUCCCCAGGGACCUGAUCAAGAUGCUUGAGUGGGUGUUCGACAACUGUGGCGACAAGUACGACGAAGCCCUUCAGUUCGCCGUCAUUAACACCCUUUUCAUGUACGCAGGCUUGCGACCAGGGUCAGUCCUCGCCACCAAGCACUACCCGACCAAAUUUGCCAAGUGGGGCGACGUGGAGUUUCGACUGAGGCCUGGGAAGGAUGGCAAGAACACCGAUAUCGAGGUCAUCUUCCUGGUGAAUACUUGGAAGGGAUACUGGCUGGACGACAGCAAGCGCGUCUCGUUCAAGAUAAAGCCGGUCCAGACCCUCAAGUUUGCCUACCUCGACUUUGGCACUUACCUCCUCGCAUUUGCCCUCGCCCGCGGCGUCCUCGGUGACAGGACGUUUGAAGACCUUCUGGCUGCCCCCGACGUCGUCAUCCGUGCCGAAGAAGAGUUCCGCCUUCUCCCGAUAUUCGUCACCGGAUCGCGAACUCGGCUGCACGACCUCCAGACGGCCAAGCCCCUCGUCAGUGACCUCGUCAACCUUCGCCUGAAGGAAGUCCUCCGUGGUGUUGGUGUGGUCACACCAGAGUCUGGUCGGGGCGACACCCUAUACGCAUACCGCAGGACUUUCGCCACCCUCAUCAGCAGGAGGAUGUCUCUUGAUGCUGCUAGAUUUUUCAUGGGUCAUUCUCCCAACAGCACGGCAAUCGAGAAGUACUACGACUUUGGGAAUUUCCAGGCCAACGUCGUGGGAGGGAUUCUGGGAGAGGGGGAGGGGGGGGCGGAUGAGAUUAUCCCGCUGACGGCUCUUGCGCGGCCCAACAACGAGAAGAACUAUACUGUCAAGGAUGCUCUGCGCGACAGCCCUCGCUUCCGCAACAUGCACGAGAAGUGGUCUUUUUUGAGGGAUUGUCUGGCGAGUGGGUCGGGGGACUGGACCAAGGUAGAGCCUUUCAAGUCGGACCCCGCCAUCCAGACAAGCGGGCAUAUCGGCAUGCUCCCGGCCAUCAUCGCCGCCUACAAGUCCCAGAUGCGCGCCUUCGUUGUCUCGCUGCGUAAGCAACAGUGGGCGUCCGAUGCCGAGAAGAACGAGGUCGAGAUGGAGGCGGCCCAGUUUGCCCGGCUGCAGCGACCCGUGUCGGAGGAAGAGACAGGGGAGGAGGUCUCGAGGUCCAGUCUACUCCACAGCCUCCAGCAAGCGCUUUGGGAGAAGGAGAGAGCUUUCGUCCGUGAGGCCAUCAACCACGACACCGAUCAAACCUACGAAAUCUCCCCCGAUUCUGGGCUCGAACUUGCCGAAGGCGACGACAUUGAAAACGACGACAAGAGCAACGCAGGCGAUGACGAGGGCUUGGAUCUCGAGCAGGGGGGUGCUGAGGAUGUGGAACGAGUUGUGGAUGGGGAAGACGGAGGGGAGAGCGAAUGGGAAGAUGUCGAGGAGGGAAUGGAUGGGGACGACGCAAAGGAAGGCGUAGAGAAGGAAGGGGAGGGCGAUGUAGAAGCUGUCGAGCAAGUUGUUCAGCCGUUGGAACUCAAGGACUGUCAAACAACAAAACUAGAGCUCUUGCGGACCCUCGUCCAGCUGUGCGCCAACCAAGCCGACUCCAAGAACCCCCAGCCGUGCGAGGAGUGCCUGGAUGAUCCACUCGUGCCGGACGAGCAAGCCCCCUUGUUCCGUCCAGGCGAAAAGCUCAAGCGACACCUAAUCCAAUUCCACAGCCCUCACCUGCGCUGUGACCGUUGGCUGAAGUCUUUGAUCGAUGAGGAUGGGGCUUACGUCUGUCCUCUGCAAGUCGAAGCCAGCGAGCAUUCCUCCGUCGCCGGGAGCGAGGCCGAAGGCCAGCGCGACUUGAUUUGCGGGAAAUCCCUGAAAAACGAGAAGCACUUCAGGAAGCACCUGUUCGAUCUUCACCAAAACCAGCUCCACCCCGACUUCCUCAGGCCUCUCAACCCCUCUACCCGCAAUGCUUCCAGGUCUGACGCCAACAAGAAGCACGAGGAGAUUACCAACAGACCUCGAGACCGGAAAGUUGGCGUCAAGCGUGGGCCUAUGUACGACUUUGGGACGCCAGGGAUGUUUCAGCAUCAAGACCAUACCGAGCUUGGAGAACUUGGCCUGGGGGAUAGCCUAUUUGAGACUGGGGACAUUGCGCCUGUGAAGGAGUGGGGGUUUAUGUUGGAUGAGGAGGGGCUCUUGAAAUUGUAA